CCGCUCCUCUCACUUAUGCCUGUCUUUAGCGGACUAAGCCCCAUGAAGGAUAUCAGGUAGUCAGAGAAUACGAAAGUGCGCGAGAUUCUCUUUCUUAGUAUGCUCCAUCAACUAUCGCGCAUUCGAGUCGCGUAGACUCCAAUAAUCGUUCCGACUCCGAUAGAUAUUCACCAUGAAUGCUAUCGACGCCUCAGACCAUCACGAGCGCAAGGAUGAGACUGUGCCACCGUCUCUUUUAGCGAUUGUCCUAGACAGCAACCCACACGCUUGGGCGCAUCUCUCCUCGACGCUCCCGCUUGCGACGGCUCUAGCUAAUAUCCUCGUGUUCAUAAAUGCGCACCUUGCUUCUGGAAACGGGAAUAGUGUAGCUGUCAUUGCUUCACAUUCCAAUAAAGCAUGCUUUUUGUACCCUACGCCCACGCCCGCGUCCCCACAAUCCCGCCACACCGCUACGAAUGGCGAUGUCGAUAUGAACGGUACCGCAGACAACACUUCAUAUUCGGUUCAAGACAAUCCGAACAAGUAUCGUCCAUUUGCGAACGUAGAGACGGCGAUUCUGAACAACUUCGCAAAGCUCAUGGAGGGCACGAAGGAAAGUCACCUGGCGGCAACUCCGACCACCUUGAUCGGCGGUGCUCUGUCCCUCGCGCUCUCGUAUAUCGCAAAGGUCGCCUUAGCAAACUCUCCUCUUACUACAGAGUCAGAAGAACACAUGCUCGCAAUUGCAGACCCAGAAGCGGCCCGGACUUCGUAUGUGUCGCUUGCAAGCCGUAUCCUUAUCGUGUCUGUAUCGGGCGAUCUUGCGAAUCAGUACAUUCCCGUCAUGAACAGUAUUUUCGCUGCGCAGAGGACAAGGAUACCAAUCGACAUAUUGAAGUUGGCAGGGGACACGGUGCUGCUGCAGCAGGCUAGUGAUGCAACAGGAGGCAUAUAUAUGAAGCCUGAGCAGCCGGAGGGCUUGCUGCAGUAUCUUAUGAUGGCAUUCCUGCCAGAUCCUACUGCAAGAAGGAGUCUGGUGAUGCCGAGCGCGGGAGGUGUCGAUUUCAGGGCAGCGUGCUUUUGUCACCGUAAGGUCGUGGACAUUGGUUACGUGUGCAGUGUUUGCUUGAGCAUUUUCUGUACUGCUGACCUGCCCGAUAACCUGUGCUUGACCUGCGGGUCCUAUCUGUCGCUCCGAGCCGCGCAGUCGAAUCCGCCUGCUUUGAUACCCAAGAAGAAGAAAAAGAAGAAGAGGGUAGGUGGCACCGACUCAGCGACACCAGGGGGUAGCACACCUGCGGGUUCGAAUACGCCAAUGCAUGCGUGAGCAACGUGUGGGCCAUUGAAGCGAAUACGUUUUGUAUCAGGCGUCUGCGGAGGAUUCUGUAGCAUUUCAUGGCGCUUGAAUAGGGAGGACACGGUCGUCCAAGCAGCGAUGAAUGAAUUAGUUAUCAGUAUAUACCAGAUCUCAAAACUGGCUCUCAUGCCCAAGUUCAC